CUAUUGUUAUGCAAAUAAAAGGCUGCCUAAAAGGAGCUGCCCAGGGUAUCCUGCCCUCUAAAGACGCCCAGGGAAGUGGCUGAGGGGGGAUUCGCCCUGAGGGAGCAUAAGGAAAAGGGGGGGAUCUGCUACAAGACAAGAGCCCCUCUCUGGGAUAAGCACAGCAGCUUCCCCCCAUCUCCCCCUGGCUCCGGGCACAGCAGCAGAGACUCCAGCACCCCCUCUCCCGGCCAGGAACCGAGCAAGGCAGCCGGGCUCCAGCUGGAUGCGCAGCCGGGGCAGAUAGCAGCAGCGGCGGCAGCAGCAGGGCGCUUGCCGGCCGCCCGCCUCACGCACCCUGGGAGCCGCACGGAAGCUGCUGGGCCGCGCUCGGCACGGGGCGCGGGGGGGCGCGCAGCCGUACCGCGGGGGAGCUCGGUGCCCGGGGAGUCUCUUAGCCGGGCCUGAUCCGAUCCGGCAGCCCCCGAGCUGCCCCGCGCCCCGGCCCCCCGCCACCGCCACGCUCGGAUCUUUGCUGGCUUCCAUGAGCAUCCGCGCCCAGGGACUUGUCCGGAGGCCGCGCUCUCAGCCGCAGGGUGCACCGCUUGCGCGCCGAGCCCCCGCGCCUAGCUUCGGGCUCGCGGAGCGCCCGUGCCGAGCUGGGUGAGGCGGAGCGGGGCACGGAGACCUGCGCCCACCCGGCACCGCUGCGCCCGGAUCCAGCUGCCCGGCCGCGGCCAUGAGCCAGACGGAGCUGUCCACCUGCUCGGCCCCGCAGAGCCAGCGCAUCUUCCAGGAGGCGGUGCGCAAGGGCAACACCAAGGAGCUGCAGUCGCUGCUGCAGAACAUGACGAACUGCGAGUUCAACGUGAACUCGUUCGGGCCCGAGGGGCAGACGGCCCUGCACCAGUCCGUCAUCGACGGCAACCUGGAGCUCGUCAAGCUGCUCGUCAAGUUCGGCGCCGACAUCCGCCUGGCCAACCGCGACGGCUGGAGCGCGCUGCACAUCGCCGCCUUCGGGGGCCACCAGGACAUCGUGCUCUACCUGAUCACCAAGGCCAAGUACUCCGCGGGCAGCCGGUGACGCUGCGGCCGCCGGGGCCGGGCAGUGGCUCCUUGUCCCGGGGAGCGGCGCGCUCUGCAGGACAGGCUGGGCUGGCGGCGUGAGCCCCCCGGGGCGGGGACAGGGGCCGUGUCUGCUCCGAUCGCGCUGGGAGCGGCUAACCCCCCGGGACACGCACACGGCUCCCCGCGCGGGGCUCCCCCUGCGGACUCCAGCCCGGUCUUCCGCAGGGGCCGCCCUGGGCCAGCGGGCUGCGCCCCGCGGGCUGCGCCAGGUGAGGCAGGCGGGGCAGGACCCGGCCCUCCAGGAGCUGGGGGACCUCUCCAGGGGCGGCUGGGCCCUUCCUCACCCCCGGCUGCCUAGCCCGGGACAAAGGUGCCUUCCUAAAUCGAGUCCGCUGACACGAGCUGCGGGCGGCCCCGCUUUGCCCCUCCCCUAGGUGAGGUUAGCCGGUGUGCCGCUCCUCGGUCCGGGAGCAGUGACUGACCCGCCUUGGGCCCCGGCUGCCGGACACGCCGGCUCGGGGCGGGCAAAGCAGCCGCAUCGCCGGACACAGGGGAGAGGUGGGGGUUGGGUUGAUUGUUUAUUUUUGUUUAAAUGACAAAGCUGCUUGGACUCCAUGUUUUUUGCAAAGAAAUCUGGGGGCCCACAAAGAUUUUACUGAAAAACCAUUUAACUGCUUUCAAAGGGGUUUUGUCUUUCAAAGGUUUUUUCUCCUACUGUAAUUUGUUUUCUAUUUUUUUUUUUUUUUUUGCCAUCUACCUCGGCUGCGCUCACAGUAUUCAUGGUUUCAGUCAGAGAUCUGGUCAGAUGCUUUAAAAUGCACUCGCAUUUUCCCCUCCCUGAACUCUCCCCCCCCCCCAUAAAUUUGGUGGCUUGUCAGUCCCGGGAAGCUGUCCCCGAUUUUAAAGUACUCUGGCUCAGAAGUGAAGUCAUUUCAGCAUUUUUAACAGAUCAAAAUGUAAUUUGUUUAAAAGCAAUCGGUGCUUUUUUUUAAUGCAAGUUCUAAACUACAGCAUGAGCAAAGGUUCUGUCUUUCAUGAGUGGGGUGGGUGGCUAAGCUGACCUAUAUUUCCCUGUAGCAAAGAGUGUAAAAGUGUCUCUUGCAGUCUUCUCCCAUUGUUUUUACACAGUAACUGAUCUUUAAUUUUUGAGGCUCUAUAUUGGAAUAUGACACACUAUUUUCCCCACCUGAUCUCUCUUCUUUUUUUAAAUUUUCUCUUGAGUAUAUGAUCCAGCCUAGGCAUGCUAAAAUCACAGGAAAGACAGUUGAUCCUUUUAUAUUUUUCUUUUUAAAGUAUAAUGCUGGUGGGAUUAGGAAAUCCUGGAUUUAAAACAAUACAAUAAAAGUGAAAUGAAAUAAACUCUAGAGGCAGAGGAAUUGCUUUUGCACAGAAAGAGUGUGAGCACCCCCUGCAGUCUAGGAGGAAAGUUUCAAGAACAACCUGAAAACUACUGAGAAAUAGUUUGGGAUUAUUUUUUUUAUUUUUAUUUUUUUUGUGAAACUUGGCUAACACUUCUCAAUGCAGAAUGAUUCCAUCUGACUUUAUAUAAAUGAAAGGGAGGAAGAAGAGGAACCCAUCUUAAACUGCAUUUGGAAGUGACUGCACAUAUAAUUGCAAUGCUGCUUUUUGUUGCCAUGGCACAAUAACAUCCAUUUAAAAAAUGCAGAAAAGUUCAGAAGUCUCCUUUCCACUGUUGGUCUUUAUCCCUCUAUGUUUGUCUGCACUAAAAACCCUUAUCACUGCCAUCUCCUUGCUAUCCUCUCGUAUCCCCCUUAUCCAAACCAUUACAAUUAAAAAAAUAGUUAUCUACUGGUUUUUUUUGUUGUGUUAUAACUAUUUAUCAUAUAUGUAUAUAUUUGUGGGUGAUGUUUGUGUGCCUGGUUUUGUUUGAAGCUAUCUGUGAGUGGUUCAAAAGUACGGUUUGGAAAAUAUGCAUUUUUUCUAGUCUUAAAACUAAACUUGAGUCUGCCAUGGUUUUUUGUUUUUUUUCAUUGCACUGAAUAUUCUGCUUUGUCUAUGAUGGUUUCACCUGCAGUUUUUUCUAUCUUAAACAAUUUAUAUGAUUAAAAAGCUCCAGAUUAAAAAAAAAAAGCCCUUUGAAAGUGUCUAUUGUUAAUGCUGUAAUUUACAAGGAACUUCUUAGUUUGCAAACUUUCUCUGUGAGCAUUGAAGAUGGUGUUAAGCACUUUUGUUGGUGCUUCUCUGUUAUAGGGGGGAACAAUAUCUUUUCUAAUGAGGUUUUAUUAUAGUUACCAGAUGGUUGCACAUUUUUUUAAAUAAAUGGAUUUGCCACAAUGAUAUGUCAUAACAUUUAUGACAUAAUAUUAAAAAAACAUAGUGUAUUUUAAAGCCAAGUUCUAGAUUGAUUUUUUUAAAGAAAUCUUGGUUAUAAACCCAAUUCUAAAGGGAGUUCUGUCCAAUGUUGUAAAGACAACAUAAUGUAACCCAUAUUUAUAUUUUUAUAAAAUACCUAUUAAGACUGUGAAUCUCUUGUGUGAAUUGCUAAGUGAGUUUAAGAAAAGUAUUGUUCCUCUUCAGCUUCUUGGAGCUUUAGGCAUGAUUAGAAUUUGAAAAUUGUACAUUGGGGAAGGGGGUUUGCUCUGAAAUUGUGCGUUGAUGUAUUUUUGCAUCACUUUUUUUUUAAUUUUAUUUUACUGAAAAGCUGCUGCCUUUCCUAGUCCCUAUAGUUUCAAUUUUCUAUGCAACCCCACAAACCCCAUAUAUAUAUAUAUAUAUAU